AUGGUUUACUGGCCCGGAAUUUUUAUUGCAGCUCAGUGGCCAUCGCGAACAGGAGUUCACAUUAGUAGCGAGUGUGAACUAAUGUACCAUGAUGAGGAAACGUGGGUGAACAAGUCACCUUUUGAUUCGAUUAUGCCGGAUCCGUUGCGUUCCAGUAGACUUGAGCGCCUGCGUGCUGCCCAAAGACGAGUGCUGGAUUUUCUACGCUGUAUAUGCAAGGAACCGCAGAGGAUCGAAGCCAUUGAAGAUGUGGAGGCGAACGUGAAGCAUCCGAUUGUCCUCCCUUCACGCUACAGGGUAACGUAUCUAAUAGUGGGAUACUAUCAUCGCAAAUAUCAUCAUCUGCACGGAAAGAUUGUUGUCAACGAAAUUCGUCAACAAUAUUGGAUACCAGGACUGAGAGCACUUGUGAAGGACAUCGUCAAAAACUGUUCGGCUUGCUGCAUCCGCUUCCACGCGCAGCCGCUUCCACCAAUAAUGGGAAAUUUACCCAAGGAACGUCUUUUACCGUUCACUCUGCCUUUCACGUACACAGGAGUGGACUAUUUCGGACCAAUGGAAAUCGCCGUGGGAAGACACUCAUUCCUGCUAGCCCUGAAAUUGUUUACUGCUCGCCGAGGGGUUCCUGUUAAGAUGCUGUCAGACAACGGAACUAAUUUUCGCGGUGCAAGCAGAGUAUUGGCGAAAGAGAUCGAGCGCAUAUUAACUUCGGACGUGAAAUCGAAGUAUCCGGAAAUGUCGUUUGCCUUUAUUCCACCCGGAACACCUCACAUGGGCGGAGCCUGGGAACGCAAGGUGCGUUCUACAAAGUCGAUCCUGACUGGACUACGCGAACGAGGCACGAUGGAGAGCACUGGACUUGGAUUGGCUAAAAACUUCCGGAUAGCUGGCCAAUUGGCGGAUCGCUUCUGA